UUGCCAGCUGCUUCCUUGUAACUGAAGCAGGGGACGCUGAAAAGGCGUCGAAAGCAGCUAUGUCGGGUAGGAGCUUCCAGGGCCUGAAGCAACAGGCAGAGGGUGCAGCAAAAGAUGCUGCAAAUACGCUGGGACAGGCUACUCAGGACGCCAUCAACCAGGUUGCAGACGCAAGCCAGAAAGCUGUUGAUCAGGCUUGCAAGACAGCUCAAGACGCUGUAGAAAAAGCAACUGGACAAGCUGCAGAAGCAGUGUCUGGCUUGGGGAAAAAAUGUGGAUUUAAGAAAUAAUGCUAACUUAAGCAAGCAGUAUUGCAUGUAAAAUACACCUUUGUUCUGCAAUUCCCUGUGCCUUAGUGUAGAAAAAUGAAAGCUAUUUGAGAUAUGGAUAACUUUCUCUCUCUCUCCAAAUACAACAUUUUAAGGCAGAAUGCCCUCCUUACCCUUCAUGUAGGAAAACUACAUAUUUUAGCACAUCUUGUAUCAUCUGUUCCUAAUGUUCUGUUCAAAAUGGAUCAUAAGUCUUCAGCAGCGUUAUUGCCCUGCUCUUUCAACAGCGCGAUAAGUAUUGCCACAUUCCUUGAGCGUACUUACAGACUUACUGACACUAGUAAUAUUCCAGCACACCAGAGCAUUCAUAUUACGAAACCAAGCCUUCUGCCUGUAAUCAAUAGUUGUUCAUGUCAAUUGUUCAUUUAUUUCAUUAUGUUGUACUUUUUUGUUAAAUAAAAAAUAGAGUAGUAUUUCCCCUCCCUCCCCCAUUGGCUCUAUAUCACCUUGUCAUGCAGCCUUGUUAACAU